AUGAAAAUCACAAAACAGUCGUUGAUUUCGCGCGCGCCGGUCGUGUUGUUUCGUGAAAUUUGUUUGAAAUAAACAGCUUUUCAAUUUAGCGCUACUUUCUUCUAUGUGUAAUAAGUUGGUUUCAAAUAAUUUCACCUGAGAAAUUAGUUGAACAUAAAAGUUUGUUAACGAGAACAUGGCCCCGAAUGUGGCGGCCGCUAUAAUCAAACUCGGUCAGCAGAAAAAGAAUGAUGAGCUAAAGGAGAUCUUGGAACGAAUCCCGAAUAAGGAGCUGACGGAUUUGGUAACGUCGAACAUCACGUCCACCGAUGGCUUCACGCUGUGGCACUUCAUCUUGUUGGGAUUGGCCCACUCGAGCAAGUCCAAGGAGAAACGGUUCCAAGUGACGCUGGCCGUGUUGAACCAGCUGAACAAAACCGAGCUUAGCACCAAGGUGGUGUUCGACAUCGUAUCCCGUCUGGUGCUGGAUUUGCCCAAGUUCAGCUCGGAACAGCUGGUGGAGAUUAUGGAGUACUGCGUGGACUCGAUUCGCGCUGGAGACCCCAAAUGUAUGGGAUGGAAAGAUUUGUUCCCGGAUGUGCUGAAGUUGCUGAACGAGCAGGUUGGGAAAUUUAGCGCCAAUGGGUUCAUUAUGACCGGGGGUGAAUACCGGAAGAAGGUCCUGGACGAUCUGUUCAAGAUGAAGAUCCAGAAUGCGAUUCUGACGUCGUUUACCGGGAUGCUCCGGGAGGUUCAGCUGAGCAAGGACGAAACAACGCUGGCGGUGGGGAAGAUUUGCGAUGCGAUCCGAGGAUUUGAGCCGUUGGAGAUUCCGGCGCUGUCGUUUCAGCUGUUUCAUUUGUGUCUGAAGAAUAGCAGCUUGCUGGUGCUGCCGAUCUACGCCCUGCAGAAGUACUUCCACAAGCACUACUACAAGAAGAUGCUGUCCAACGACGGAGGGGACAGCACGGAUUUCGAUAGCAUCGAGCCCGUCUCGGACAAGGAGAUACGUGAAGCGGAGGAGACGGUCCUCUACCAUCUGUCCAAUGUGACCGAGUUCCGUCUGGAUGAGGUCCAGGUGGUGGCAAUGUUCAAACCAUUCCAGAGUAUUCCGGAGUUCUUGCUGACGCCGUUUGUCAUCAGUUCCUUAAUUGCCAUGAGCAAGAUCAAUCGCAUGCCGGAUACCAUGAAGGUGGUAUCUUCGCAGGUGAUGGCCUUUCUGGUCAAAUUGGUGAUCGAGAACGAAAACGAGAAGGAUCUUUGCCGGCACUCGGCCUGGUGCCGGGGAAGAAUCGAAACCAAGGCCGUUCCGGACGUGGAACGCAUCCUUGCCAUCAUGACUGAACACAGCCAGGAGGGCAUGGAAGUGGUCACUCCAGGCGUGAUUCAUUUUGCUUUCGCGAUGCUGAUUGCGAAGAAGCAACCUAAGCUUCAUACGAUCGCCAUAUCGUUUCUGCAGAAUUUCGUUAAGAAGCGAUUUAUCUUCGGGAACGGGAUCGUUGCGAAGCUGAAGCAGUACUUGUUUGCCGAGCUGGACUCGAUGCAGUUUUCCGAGUGUUUGAACACGCUGAGUCUGACCAGUGCGCUGACGCUCUCGGAGUGUACCAGUUCGAUCAACUACAUUUUGGAAUAUUUGCUUCUGAUCGACGGACUUCACGCGAUGCGCAUAAUGACAUUCCUCUUCCCACUGAUCCGGAUUUCGCACACCAUACGGGAUGCGUUCAUCGAGGUGCUUCGGAAGGCCAUGUAUCACAGCGAGGUGCACACGAGGAUGAUGGGUGUUUUCGGGUUUUGCGCUCUGCUGAAGCAGCUCAAGAACAACAACUCACGACGGGCCGUUCUGGGAGGUUCAGCAGGGAAUCUAACGCAGCUGUCCAUUUCCGGGAUGUCACUGCUGUCGCAAUCCACGCUGGGCCGGGCGGACAAUCCCGAUCUGCACUUUGACAUGUUGACACUGGAGAUUUUGGGGAUCUUGAGACGGUGUUUCACUCAAACGGUUGAGAUUCGGGAACUUUUGUACGAAAGUCUUGGACGGGCAGUGGAGUUCAACGGUAAACUGCUGCCGCAUGUAAUGCAGUUCAUCGAUUGGCACUUCAGCAGCUAUUUCAGCGAGUCGCUGGAAGGUACGCUGGAGAUCGAUUUCGAGAAGUGCGUACGAUAUAAGAGCGAUUCUGCGGAGGAUGGAGAAGCUGAUGAUCCUCAACAUCAACAGCUGGAGGUAUACGAUAACAUUGGAAAGUUGACGGCUUUUAUGGUGCACUGCGUGGUGCUUUGCAAUCAACUGGAUAUCGAGCAUGACACGGAAGGAGUUACGAAACAUUUGAAGACCGUUGUUGAACAAAUUGAGAAGGUUACGUUGGACAGCCUUGGGAUAAUUGGAACGCUGGACGCAAAAACCUGUGUUAUUGGAUGUCACUAUUUGAACAUCAUCGAAGCCGGUAUGGCUUACUGCAUUUGGAGUGCGAAGCCAGAUAACAGUUUACUCAAGGAUCUAUUAAAACUGUUCAAACACCAUCAGAUCUGUUUUGACAAAAUGAAGAAAAUGGAGCCUAAAAAAGCAGGCAGAAAGGGAAAUAACGAGACAAUAGCGCCAACUGCAGCUGCCGGAGGUUCUGGAAAGGCUGUGCCGUUCCGACCAGAGAACAUUUGGGAUUUGGCCACAGUGGAACGAUUGCUGCGGAUUCUUUUCGAUAACUCUACCAACUACGCAACGGAACUGGAUCUGGAAGCUUUACGGUCGCACCGUGAUUUCGUACAAUAUGCACUCAAAGUUGCCUCGGACAAGCUUGAAGCACUGCGCAGCAGUCCUGAAUAUUGGCAGAUCAAGCACAGUAAACGGGUUUUCAGCCACGUGUGCGAGUGCGGAAAAAUCAUCUACGAUCGCUGCGUUAGAAAAACUAACGAACUGUGCGCCAAUGGCAGUGUUCAAAUAGCUUUAAUUGCUGGAGAGGCUUUCCGCCAGGCUCAGCUAACGACAUUGGCCGUCUAUGAGAGGAAAUUUUCAGAUUUUUUGAGAUUGAUCAGUUGCACUUUGGGCAGCACCUUCAAAUCGGAUCUGCUGAAAACCUUGCACGAGAUCAUUGACAAGUACUUUGAGGAUGGAGCAGAAUCCGAAACGGCUGGCGAGAAAACCGUAGGCAAUCUGUUUCUGUGUCUUGAGAUUCUGUAUCAGUCGAACACCUUGGAUACCGAUCACCUAAAUAUGGCUUACACGUGGUUGCAGAACUUUUGCACCAACAACAAGCUCAAACAGAAAUCGCUCGGCUUUGUCCAUCGGAUUCUGUUCGAGCUUCGAAUGCGAACCCAAACGGGAGCCUAUUUCGACACGGUGUCCAUGCUGGUGGAGCGCAAAUUUGGCCAAAUCGAGGAGGAUGAGCUUGUGCCCAGCUUCACGUUGAAAUCCAUAAGCUCGCUGACCGUGGAAUCGGCCUUGAUGGCACUCUGCAACGUUACCAAACAGCAGUUGGACGAUGUGGACCAUUUCAUCUUGCGAACCAACAGCGUGUUGGGCAGGUUGAAAAUCUACGGCCAGGGCGAGAAUGAUGAAUAUCUACAUCAACUGAAAUCAAUCGAACGAUCCAUGUGUUCGCAGCUGGUUCACAUCAUGUCGGUAGCUACCCAUUUGGCCAACACCCAGCUGCCACUCGGAACAUGCAUGGACUCUCUGCUGAAGCUACUGAUCAACCUGUAUGCGACUCUAAGCAAUUUGACGAAACAUUUUCUCAAUCGCAAUCCUGUGGCUGCAGUUUCUCACGAUUCGACAAAGUUCAACCUCGUAAUCAAAUCGUCCAAGCCCUUGGCAGUCCGUAUCUACAAUCUGUUUCCAUUCAUCGAAGAGAACAUUCUGGGACAGACGGAAGCACCAGAUUCAGAUGAUGACGCGAUCGAUAAGGCCAAGCUGAAAAAUGCUCAAAACGCCAAGAAAAAUCGAGAGAAGGUUCUCCGCCAAACGAAGCUCAUUCCCAAGCUGGUGUUCCGCAUCGAAACGUUCAACAAGUUCGUGUUGCUACUGAGCAAAAAGACCAAGAAAGAUCUGACUUAUCUUUUACAUAUUGGAACCGUGCGUGACUUCCGCAUCAAAGAACCUGCUCUAGUCGAGGCCAUCAACAAGGCUUGUGAUAAUGGGCCAGGUGUUGCCGGCUCCGAGUUCGGUGACUUGGCAGAUCUAGAGGUUCAGGAAGAGGAAGAUGAUAUGUCGUUACUCCGGCCAACGGAAUCCUCACUGAUGGGAGAUGCACUAGGUGCAGAAGAAAGUCAACUCAACGAGCAGGAAUCGAACACGGAAAUCUCCGACGUUGGAGAUGAGAAUCAAGCGCUGAAGAACUUGGCAUUGCUCAACGAGCGAAGUAAGCGCAAAUCGCGUAAGAAGCGAUCCAGUGGCGAGGGAGAGGAGGAACCGAAGCGAGCAGAUGAAUCGGCGGGAGGUGGUAAGAAGCGAAAGGUGACGAAGAAGAAGGCCGAAUCGCCGAAGAUUAACAAGCGAGCACUGGAGACGAUAAAUGAAGUUGCGGCGGUAGCGGUGACGACUUCCAGGACAUUGGGACCAAUCAGACGGAACUCGAGGGGGGUGAAGAAGAAUUGAAGGUGUAACGUUUUUUUAAGGUUUUUUUUUUAAAUACAAUAAAUGUAUAUAAAAGACAGA